AAGCACCGCGCCGCAGCGUCUGAACCGAGCCGCGAACUUUCACUCAUUAAACAUUAAAAAUCACACAUUUAUCAAGUCUGCGCGCUCUGAAAUCACGCUGCGUUUUUCCCCUGAUAAAGUCUCUGACCUUUCGGGACGUUCUGGCGGAUCACAGACGUUUCAGAGCGGAGGGUUUGUGACGUUUUAGCCGCGGCGGUGUUGGGGGCUAGUUAGCUCGGUGGCUAACAGCGGCUAACAGUGUCCAUUGGUUUGUACGAGCGGCGGCUAACGGGAGCUAACAGGAGCUAACAGCGGCUAACAGCGGCUAACCGUGCGUCAUGGACCUGUUCGGGGACUUGCCGGAGCCGACCCAAACCUCCGCCCCGCUUCAAACCAAAGACGGGAGCCAGAACGGCGGGACCCAGGACGGCGCCCGCAAGCGUAAACCGAGCUCGGGCGACGACGACGACGAGGAGGAGGAGGAGGGGGAGGUGACGAAGAGGCUCUGCACAGAAGGUCUGCCCGCCGUGCCCGCCGUGCCCGGUGUGCCCGUUGUGCCCGUGCUCAGGGGGUACGUGGCGGCGCGCAGAGGAGAGAGAGACGAGAUGCAGGACGCCCACGUGCUUCUCCCGGACAUGACUGAUCUGCUCAGCACGAAACCAAAAUCUGUCUCUCGUCUGUCGUACUUCGCCGUGUUUGACGGACACGGAGGAGCUCGAGCUUCAAGAUUCGCUGCAGAAAACCUCCACCUGAACCUCGCCAAGAAGUUCCCCACAGGAGAGUCUGAGAACCUGGAGAAGCUCAUCAAGAAAAGUCUGAUGGACACGUUUAAACAGACGGACGAGGAGUUUCUGAAGAAAGCCUCCAGCCAGAAACCGUCGUGGAAGGACGGAUCCACCGCCACCUGCGCCCUGGUGGUGGACGACACUGUGUACGUGGCCAACCUGGGAGACAGCAGUGCGGUGCUGUGCAGGAUGGAGCCGUCAGACGGACACAACAAACCUGUGACUCUGUGUCUGAGCAAAGAACACAACCCCACCACGUACGAGGAACGAAUGAGGAUCCAGAGAGCGGGAGGAACUGUCAGAGACGGGCGGGUUCUGGGUGUGCUGGAGGUUUCUCGUUCGAUCGGAGACGGUCAGUACAAACGCUGCGGCGUCAUCUCCACUCCAGACCUGAGGAGGCGCCAGCUCACACGCAACGACAGGUUCUUGAUUCUGGCCUGUGACGGUUUGUUUAAAGUUUUUUCUGCUGAUGAAGCUGUGAAGUUUGUGCUCAACCUUCUCCAGGGUGGAGAAGGUUCAGAGGAGCAGAAAGACCCCAGCGUAGACCCUGGUCUGGACCCCGGUCUGGACCCCGGUCUGGACCCCGGUCUGGACUCGGUCUUGGACUCGGCGUGUCAGCAGUUGGCGUCGGAGGCGGUGAGACGGGGCUGCGCCGAUAACGUCACUGUGAUCCUCGUCUCCAUCUCGUUCCCAAAAUAAAGUCCGGUUUCGUUUGUGCCGUUUUUACAUCUCGAGGUUUUUCUCAUUUCGCUCAGACUUUUGUUCAAGCGCGACCGUGUUUUUUUUUGUUCUUGUAAGAAUCAAAUAAAUGUUUUAUUUUCAACA